UGGAGGAUGGCUCCUCUCCCAGGGGUAGAAUUGGUGAAGACCCCUUUACAGCUGUACCGCUACCUGCUCCGUUGCUGCAGGGUCCUUCCUGAAAAAAACCUCCAGGAUCAUUACAAGCACACAAUCCAACAGAGUUUCAAAGUUCAUGCUGAUGAAGACAGUCCUGAGAGGAUCCAGCAAAUUAUCAAAAGGGCCAUCCAAGAUGCCGACUGGGUGAUGGACAAAUAUAAGAAACCAAAGUAAAGGAGAAACAGUUGGUGGAGAAACCAAGAUUUUUUCUUAAAGCAAUUAGACCGAAGAAACCAGUUUAUAACAGUAGCCAGUUCACUGGAAGAGAAGAAACUCAAAUUCAGCCAACUUCUUUUUCUAUUGAAGGUCAACCUUUAAUAAAUAAGGGACAAGGUGUCUAGAGCAACUGAUCUUUAGUAAUUGAAUUUUCUGAGCUGAAAUAACAUGGCCUGUGCAGGGCUUGGAGCAGGAGUCAUCAUGAGGUUGCAUUUCCACAAGACAUAUUGCAUGUUCCCACAGGAUUGCUCUGUUAUAUGUUGCUAGCAUGCAGGAAGAUGGAUUAAUUUUGGACCAAGGGCUGCUCUUUCCCUGGAAGCUAUAAUAAAACCAAGUUUUGAUUUGCCUCAACUGCUGCUGAUUUCAUCACUUGGAUACUCUGUGGCAUACAUUCAUCCUUCCCAUUCACCUCUGUAGAAUA